AUGCUGGUUCGACAAGCGCGUAUGCUCACCCGUCCAAUUUUUAAUUCUUUCAGAUCAUUUUCUUCAAUUUCUCAUAAGCGAUUAGCAAAGGCUCUUGAAAAUGAACUAGAGUAUGAUCAUAAGAUAUACAAAGAAGAGGAUGAAAUUUCAUCAUACAUGAGAAAUAGUGGAUUUAAGCUAUUCGAACGCGAAGAUCACACAUUAGUUACUCUCCAGAAGAAAUUUAACGAUGCUGAAGUUGAAAUAACUUUUCAUGUAAAAGCUCCAUCCGUUGAUGAAGCCGAUGAGCCUGGAGAAUCUCAAAGCAAUCUAGAGCAGGAUGAACCGCCAGGAAUUUAUAUAGAUUUUCAAGUACUGGUUAAUUUGCUUCUUUAAAAUUAAGCAAGUUGUUUUGCUUUCUAAUAGAGCAGUCGAUUUUUUACUUGAAAAUUAUUAUAAAAUUGUAUAUUUAAUGAGAUUUAAAUUCUUAAAAUUUGGAAAGAAAAUCUAUUUUAAUUAUUGAGGUAAAUUUAAUGAUCUCAAUAUAAAAAUUAUAAUUAAAAAAAAUUAUGAAACAAUUUUGUUUGCUCUUGAAGGUUUCGAUUUUCCAUUAAUUUUACUUGCCAUUAGGAGUAAGAAACCGAACACAAACACAGGUUUCAUCUUUGAAUGUCUUUGCCUGGAUCAAGAAAUCACUGUUGCCAAUGUCGUUUUUAGUGACAAUUUAGCUAACAUAAAGCGUCAAUCGACAUUUGGUAGAAAAGGUGGCGAAUACAGAGGUCCUCAAUUUGUAAAUCUUCACAAAAAGGUCCAAAACUUGCUAACAGAGUAUUUGAAGGACUUUGGAGUUGAUGAUAAUUUAGCUUUUUUUAUUGAAAUGUAUUCAAUUGACAAAGAGCAUAGGUGCUACAUGGAAUGGCUCAGACAUGUUAAGAAUUUCGUAAAUUAA